AUGAAGUACUUGUUAAUAUUCGCUACUUUAGUCUGCAUCGAAUUUUACAUUUGCGAUGCAGGGAUAGACAUUGGAAAUCAAGGGAAAUGUGCUAUACCUGGAAAUCCUAUUAACAUCAAUGUUCACGGAGGAGAUGGGACAAAGGCUGGUAAGGGCGAAAAAGGAGACAAGGGGGACCCUGGGUCAAAAGGAGAUAAGGGAGAUAGUGGAGCCGCUUCUUGCAAAUGUCCUUUGCAGGAUCCAACAAAACCAUCCGCACACCUUGAAGGUGCCAACAAAAGGGAUGUAACCUAUCAAGUAAAUAAAGUGAUAAAGGACUGGACCUUAAGUGCACCGUACAGUCAUCUCGCAGGUGGUAUGAAAUACCGAGAUGGAAAACUCACCGUGCCCAUCUCAGGACGGUACUACAUCUACGAGCAGAUCUACUACCGUGGCCACAGAGGCAAACCAGUCAGGAUUUCUCUCUUGGUUAAUAACAAAGUGGUCGUCAUGGUACAGCCUCCUCAGACCCUACGAAAAUCUAGUUUCACUUUUUCGACUGGAGGCGUCUUCUACCUGAAGGCUGGUGACGUCAUCACUGCAGCUACAAAUCGUGUAGGGAUUGCCUACAUGUAUACCUACCACAGCUUCUUUGGCGCAUUUUUGAUUUGA